AUGUCAUACUAUCUCACGUUGAUAGGAACGCGCGACAAUCCGCUCUACGAAGCCGAGAUCACUCCCAAGACAGCCGCCUCUUCUUCGUCUGCAUCCACGAGCAGCGGUCUCUUCUCGUCCGCGUCGAGCUCGGUUGGUGGGGCGUCGGGCGGGGCGGCUAGCGGGGGGGCUGGUGCCGCCUCGGAUGCGGGUACGAGUGGAGGAGGAGGAGGGAUGUUUGGAGGCUUGCUGUCGCGUAUCCCAACCACAACCAGCGCGUUGACGUCGAGCGGGAAUAGCACUGCAGCAGGGAGCGGAGCAGGUGCGACAGGAGCGGGGCUAGGCGCAAGGAGGAAGGAGAGAUACGAGCUGCAGAUGAUUGCGCAUUCCGCAUUGGAUACGAUCGAGGAUGCACUCAUUACAAGUCCAUAUCUAUACUUGAAAAGCAUCGACCGGAUCCAAGAGUAUACUACGAGUUGCUUUGUUCUCCCAGGAAACGUCAAGAUGGUUCUGCUACACGAGCACAAGCACGAAGAUGGCAUCAAGAACUUCUUCCUCGACGUCUGGGAGGCGUAUCUCAAGGUCUCGAUGAACCCAUUCCAGGACGCAAACGCACCCAUCGAGAACGCUGCUUUCGACGCACGAGUCCGAGCAGCUGCCAAAAAGUUCCUCUGA